GCUGUGUUGUGACUGUGUGCUGUACUGUCAAUGUCAAAAUCAGCUGGUUGGCUUCAUAUUCAUCGCGAGCGUUUUAUUUCCAUUUCUUUUUAAUUGGACCAAAGAUAUUUGAUGAUGGAGCAGUGGUUAUCAGAAGGUUUAUCACGAAUAUUAGACUUUGAAGUACCCGAAGAUUUAAUUAGAUAUAUACUUUCUAUUGCAAAUGAGGGUGAUUUAAAGGAAUAUUUAAAAACCUUGCUCGAUUUUGACAACCCUCAACACAAGAAUUUUGUCUUAGAACUAUCGAAACGUAAAUUUCCAUCCAAAGGUAAUGCUGCAGGUGUUCCCACACAAAAGCAGAAGAAGAAAAUAUCCAAAAGUAAGCAACAGAAACAAGACUUUGUGUCUGUAGAGGAGCCUCCUGCUCAGCCGCAAAAUGUUGAUUCAGAAACUAAGUCAAGGAAGAAGACUAAAUAUGUUAAUCUGUAUUCUCAAGAAGGAAAGAAUGCUCAGGUUGUUUUGUUAAAAGGACGGCACCAUUGCGACUGUCAGGCUUCCAAACAUGAGCUCAUCAAUAAUUGCUUGUAUUGUGGACGAGUUGUUUGCAAGCAAGAAGGGUCUGGGCCUUGUCUUUUCUGUGGAAAUUUGGUUUGCACUCCUGAAGAGCAAAAAGAACUCAAUGCUAAAACAAAAGCCAGUGCAAAGUUAAUGGAGUCCCUUAUGGAAAGGAGCAGACCAAAGGGCUGGGAAGCAGCAAUGUCACACAGAAACAGAUUGCUUGAAUUUGAUAGGACAAGCGAGAAACGCACCCGAGUGACGGACGACGAUAGCGACUAUUUUAACGCGGGCAGCGUGUGGUUGAGCUCAGCCGAGCGAGAGAAGUUGGAUAAAUAUCAACAAUCAUUGCACGAAAAGAAGCAUGCCUCACGACUCAGCAAAAAAAUGACAUUCGACUUCGCUGGUCGCCAAAUAGUGGAAGAUAACACAAUCGAUUAUGAAGUGGACGAGCAGCAGAUUGCUGACUUGACUCGUAGUGGCGGUGACUCGAAGUUCUUCAACCACGACUUGUUUAUUGGAGAAGCGGGCGACAGAGACGUAGCGCCCGGUGUCAAUGCUCAGCUAUUACAGUUCGACUCGUCAGUAGAAGGGUCUGGUUACUCGUCGGCACUAAGGUCGGGGUUGUCGGAAGGCGCAAGAGUUCAGGACGCACAACUGCAAGAGAUGUGCGAUACUGGUCGCUGUCUGUCGAUGCAUCAGCCAUGGGCCUCAUUACUCGUAGAUGGGAUCAAAUUGCACGAGGGUCGCACGUGGUACAGUUCUCAUCGUGGCCGGCUGUGGAUCGCGUCUACUGCUAAACCGCCCGAUCAGGCGAUAAUCAGUGCGUUAGAGAAUCAGUACAGGGUUUUGUACCCGGAUAAGCAACUGAAGUUCCCGACGUUCUAUCCCACCGGCUGCCUUCUUGGCUGCGUCACAGUGGAAGACUGUUUACCUCAAGAAGAAUAUCAAAAAAGAUAUCCAGAGGGAGAGAGUGAGAGCCCAUACGUAUUUAUCUGCUCUAAUCCUACCAGCUUAAGGCUCAGAUUCCCAAUCAAAGGUCAACAUAAAAUAUAUGCCCUGGAUAAAACUAUUCAUCAGGCCGCUAUUAAAUGCAUUCAAAAAAUGGGCAAAAUGCAAGCCGAAGUCAACGCUGGUUAAGAAAUAUCCUAUAAACAUGCAAUAUUUGUAUAUUUUUGUUAUGAUAAAUAAAGUAUUUAACGCCCAAUAAAUAGAAUUCUCAUUUGUUAAGGAAGUCAUUUAUUUACACAAUUAUCAACUAAGUUUAUAAAUACAUUUUUCAAUUAUUAUUUUUCACAUACACACGCAAGCAGUUUGUUCAUUCACACAUUAACAUAACCUUUAGUCUUGCACCGAUGCACACAACGUACCCAUAUAUAUCACUUUAUAAAAAUAUAAUGCAUUUAUCUCUUACGAACUAAAUUAAAAUGAGCACGUGACAACAAGUGUUGAAAAAUUAGCAGUCAUCAUAUACUUAGUACUAUAAAAUUAUUUUAAGUGUAAAUAAAUAAAUAUAAGACGUGGUUGGUUUUUCGACGGACAAUAAUUUUUAGCUUACAUAUUUUGCAUGAGAAUAUUAUCAUAACAUUAAGACACCGUGAUAUUUAAAGCCAUAUUUUCAACCGGCAACAAUGCAGUUAACAGGUAAAGUCUAACCUCUCGUUUCCACCAAGAAACAAGUCAUAUACUAGUUCUAAAACUUGUAGAAAGUUGUUGUGGCUGUUUGAAACAUUAUUUCGAUUACAGUGCAUAGACAAUUAGUAUCUUUCAAGCAUAAGUUACAUAUUUACUUCACAUCUUUUAUUUGUCCAACAAGUUAGAUGCAAGUGUUGUAAACUACAUGUUUUAUACAUGUUUAUAAGUGUGAACAACAAAUUACGUGUAUUAUACCUUGGUGUUAACGAGUUAAGGCAACAUACCUCCAUCUGUAUUGUUUUUUUUCUUUUGUUAUAUUAAAAAGCAUAUCUCAGAAUAAUUUAAAGAUAUUAGAAAAACGUAAAGAUACCUUACCCUUUGUGGAUACCGUCCGCACACCUUUCACCCAAAGAAGGUAUUUUUCUCUCCAUGCAUUGUUUCUCUUUAUAGAUAAGCCAAUAUAUUUAAGUAUUUUUAGACGUAGUAAUUAUUAAUACCAUUAAAAUUAACAAGUAACUAUUAUCCAUCGAAAAAAGUGUAAUAUUAAAUUAGAAACAGCCAGCUAGUACCACUUAUUGGAAGAUUCGUUACUUUGGCAGUAGAAAAUGAUUUGGUUUGCAAACUUAACUAUUACAAUAACUUUAGGAACGUUACGAUUCCUUCUUUUGGUUGAGUUGGGGGAAGAAUGCCUCUAUCGGCAGGAUGGGGUCGUCUGUGGCUAUCGUGAAGUAGUUUGGUAUCCUCCUGCUAUUCGAAGAAGAGACCGUUUUGAACAUCCCUGGCUUGUUGUAAUCCUUGCUAGCAGCGAGUGUAAGGUCCGAUACUCUUUUGGAAUGUUCAAACAAGUGCUCGAUCGGAUCUUGAUGAUGUUUUUUAUCAGCAAUCUUCAUUAUAGCGCUUUCUGAUCGCGUCCUUUCAGAUGUUAUAUCGUUCCUGUGAUCAUAGUGCACAGUCGUCUCAGUCACGCUUAUAUCUUGAACUGACUCUCCAAUUUCCGAGUCUUUGAUUUUCUUUCGCAGCGGUCUCUUACUGUGACUGGUCGUUGUUUCGGUCACGUCCUCUGUUGGCUUCGGUCUACGUAAGCCGUUGCGAACCCUCGAUGAUAUCUUUUGUGUGGUAUUUUCUGUAUAUUCCUCAGUCGUCUGCCUUUGUCUAUAUCUGUUAUGUGGGAUCUCUUUAUCUGAUUCCUCGUUUCUUUCCGCCUGUUUGUAUCUCGGUUCCUUGGGAGUGAACUUCUUUCUUUCCGUUGUGGUUUCAAUUUCGACGUCGCUGAUAGAACCUUUCUUUUGAUAUCUUAGUUUCGGUGUAGAUUCUGUGGACUUCUCUGUUGUACUCGUGGUGGAACUUAGGCGAUUUCUGUAAUCCUUGACGCUGAAUCGUGGACGAUUAAAUUUGUUUUUAAGUCUCGGUCUUUGUAUUUUGACACUGCUGCUGGUUGGUGUUUCUGUACGUGUUGUAGUAGGCGCUUCCGUGUUUUCGUAGCUAGCUCUGUUUGUUUCGGUUGUAGUUUCUAAUUUGGCCUCAAUUGGUUUCACAUCUUUAUGGAAUGCAAAAGAUUUUGCUGCUUCCUGCGUUGCUUUCAGGUUAUCACUUGCACUGACGGCUACGUCACUAGUAGGUGUAUCUUUUUCGUCCUGUUUAUGAGUGUAAUCUGGGGUUUCAUAGUUUGAACUAUAUUUUGAAUAUUGUGGACGGGUUGCAAUUUUCAUAAUGGGUGAUUCUUUGUUAGUAUCAUGAUCAUUAAGUGGUAUAGUUGUAGUUUCAACUUUAUCUGUCACUGUCGUUAAUGGACGGCGGAUAAGUUUUUUCUUUAUUAUAGUAGGUGCUGUUGGUGAAAUAGUUGGAACCACGCUUGUUGUCAAAUCUGUCGUGACACUAGGGGUCGUUAAAUGAGGAUAUGGCUUGGAGUGUGUCGGCCUUAUUCUAGGUCUAAUGGUGUGGAUUUCUUCAGUUUCGGUACUUGGUGGCUGUUCCGUUGUCGAUUGAACAUAUUUACGUGUGCUAGAACUAGGCUGUUCUCGGUUAAUAUUAGCAAGAGGUGGUCGGCGUCUCCUGUUUUUGUUCCUCUUACGAAUUCUAUCCUUGUCUAUAGGUUCCAGUGUAGUAGGACGUUUGAAGUGCUUGUUGGGUGGAAGCGUUGGCAAAGCAUCAGCAGGUGCUUCGUUAGUGUUCUCUUUAUUCACACUCGCUGUUGUAGUUUCUGGUUGUACUGUUAACUUAGAUGCUUCAGUGGGGUUUUUCGUUCGUUUCGACGUGCUGUAGUCAUCAUAUGCUUCUGUAGAAACUUUGUAAUAGUAAUCUUUGAGUUUGUGCUUACCGAUCGGUUCGAAGUCAUCCCCUAGAGGCCGCCUGCUUUGAGAUUCGACUUGAUUAUCGUAAUUCAAAGAGUUUUCAUAGCCUUUUUCGGCUUCGGUCACAAUGGCGUAUUCUUCGGGUAGAUCGGGCACAUAGGUCGUUGUAUGCUUGCUAAAACCGAAGUCGGGUGACAAUUGUUUUGUUACAGAUUCUUCUGUCGUUUUUAUAUUGCUGUCAUACGAAUGAGUCCAUGCCGACGGAGACGCUUGUGUGUAGACGUUUUCAGCUUCUGUAGUUUCUGUUACUUCGUAAGUGGGUCUAGAUAUCGGCGGGCUGACGUAAUGUUGCGCCGCCUGGUAGUUAUGAGCUGUAAUUGUGUCGUGAAUUUUCUGUUUCUUCUUCUGAUAAUUUAAAUUCUGGGAAGGUUGGUCAAAAUAAUUUGAUACUUGCGGACUCUGUUGCGUUGAGAAGCUGUAAUCAAAGAAGUUGCUAGCUAGUGUUGUAGUUUGUUGAGGGUUGUAAGUAGUCGCGGCGAUGUUAUUAUAGUCCUUCAAGUAAUGCUUAUUUGUGAAUGGGUCUUGAGGGCUAGCUUUAAACGAUCCUUUAUUUGCAUUAGGAUCAAUUUUGGGUGGCGUAGAAAGUUUCGUUGGUUGAGUUGGUAUAUUUUUUAUACCGUUGUAAUCGUUGAAUUGAAUUUGAUUGGCUGUGGUCUGGAACUUGGGCGUGGUAGUGGGGUGGUAAACAGCUGGUGUAGUUUGGAAGGUUGGAGUGAAGCUAAAUGAAUUGAAAAGGGUUUGCUUGGUAGGUUGCGGAGGUAAAUACGUAGUCUUGGUGUGUGGGAACCCUGGAUCCCUUCCCUUCACUGACUGCAGGCCAAAUGAACCGAAUGAACCUGAAACAAUUAUUUUAUUAAAAUAUCAUGAUGCCGACUUCAAUAUAAGGGUUUAGUUUCUUUUAUUUUUAUUUUAUAAAUAAAAAAAUAGAAACGACUCCAAAAACGAUCGAAAAUUAAAAAAUAAGAUUUGCUGAGUGAUAUUGGUUGACAACCUCCGUGGCCGAGUGGUUUGAACGCCGGGUUUCAUGGUGUUGCCGACUCGAG